AUGUCAUCACAUGAAGCAAUCGGUUCAAUAUCUGUACCUAUUCUUAUAAGUAUUAUAUUGAAAAGUAUUAGCGCAUACAUUAUUUGUUUAUGCAUAAUUAUUAUUAAUACACUUCUCAUUGCAAGUUUAACUCUUAUUAAACGUUUACGUACAACACAAAAUCUUCUUCUAAUAAAUGUUUGUUUUGCUUGUAUAUAUUUUUCAUUAUCAUGUAUGAUUUCAGUUAGUUUCACAAUUUCUAUUCUUAAUACAAAAAAUGUAAAUUCAUAUUUAUGUCAAUUAAUUGGAUUUCUUAUUAUGUCAAGUUCACAUUGUGUAAUGCUAUCAUAUACAUUGGUUGCAUUUGUUAGAUUUUUAACAAUUAUUUAUCCAUUUAAUAAAAAAAUUACAACAAUUCAUUAUAUUAAAAUUUAUUUAAUAUCAAUAUGGUCAGUAGCUUUUCUUUUACCAGGUAUAAGUUUAAUCUUACCUAAACAACAAAUAAUAUUUCAAUCAAAAGCUAAAAUGUGUACAAUUAAUCAACAAUCACCAUUAUUAUUCAUGUAUUUUUGUACUGGUUAUAUUAUACCGUUUAUACUUAUAUCAUUAAUGAAUUUAGUUAUUUAUUUAAAUGUAACACAUUCUCGACAAGUACUUUUUCUAUCUCGAACGCAACAAUGUCGUUUAAAUCGACGUAAACGUCGAAAUUUACGUUUGUUAAGACAAUUUUCAUUCUUUACAAUUAUCUUUUUGCUUGGUUGGACACCAUUUAUAAUGAUUGAAAUAUUUGAUAAAAAAGAAAAACUUCCCGAUGUAUUUUAUUUAUUUACACUUAUUUUACCAUCAAUAUGUAUUUUAAUUGAUAGCAAUGCUAUAUUAUAUUGGAAUAAAACAAUUCAUCAACAAAUUCAAUUAUGGUGGCGAUCAUUAAUAAAGAAAAAACCUCAAGUAAUUAAUCAUCAACGUAAUAGUCCUUCACUUGAUCAUGAUAUUUUGUCAAUCGGUACAAAUGCAAAUAUGUCAACCGUUUAA